UAAGAAGAAGAAGGUGAAAUCGAACGAGUGAUCGAGUUUCGCGGCUCGAAUAUCGAGACUGAAAUAUUUACAGUUUUUUAAACUUUUAAUGGUAGUUUUUUGAUAAUAUUCGAUAGACGAUAUGUCCCUAAGGUUCGUACUAUCGAUCCUUUGUAUAAUUGCUGUGACUUUACAGCAAGGAGAGGCAAAGAAACGCUCUAAAGAACCUUUGCAGUUUGUACAGUUGGAGUAUGCAAAAGCACUAAGUGAAUAUCACAGAACUAAUGCCACAGUAUUGCAUGUGCGUGCAACUGGGGGUGAUGGCAAGAUAUCUUACACCAUUGAAGAAAAGGGAUCUCCAUUCCAUAUAGAUGACAAGGGACAUAUCUGGCUUAUCAAACCCUUGAACACUGACGAAAACAAGUUGUGUCAACUAACAAUCAAAGCAACUUCUUCAAAAUCCAAUGAGGUUGCUUAUGCCAAAGUGCGCUUUGAUAUUAUGAACAUGAACAAGCACUCUCCUCAGUUUGAGGAUAGUAAUUACAUUUGCGCUGUUACUGAAAACACAAGAAAGGCAAGUAUUCUUCCUCCUAUUCGUAUCCGUGAUGAGGAUCACAGUGAUGCAGGAAAGCUGAAACGCAUUGAAAUAGUUGAGCAAGAAAUACCAUUUGUGUUUAAUGUGACUAAAGAUGGUGCUGUGGAGGUGAUGGCAACAAGAGACCUUGAUGCAGAGAAGGAGACCUGGUUUGCAUUUGAUAUCAAAGCUUGGGAUGGCGGAGAUCCAUCCCACUCAUCCCAGCCAGCUUCAGUCAAGUGUAGAGUUGUAGAUGCAAAUGAAUUUGCUCCAGAAUUCACAAGUGAUUAUUACUCUCAUGUGGUGGAACGUGGAAGGACAUAUAAAAAGAUCUUGCAGGUAAAUGCUGAGGACAAGGACAUUGGGGAUGAAUUUGGUUCUAUCUGUAAGUACAUCAUUAAGACACUGGAUGUGCCCUUCAAGAUAAGUAAAGAUGGUGUGCUGAGCUUAGACAAGCCACUUGGACCUGAGGCUCCAAACUACUGUGCCUUUGAAGUUGCUGCCAUUGAUUGUGGCGGGAAGAUGUCAACCAAAAGUGCCCAUGUUAGAAUUAACAUUAGAGAUUCCUGUGAACUUGGUGUUGAAGGCCCAUCCAUGCCAACCAUCAUUAUUCCACAGUGCAUUGGCAAAGCAAAUGUAGCACCUGACAUCCAGCUAAACAAAUGUUCAAAGAAGAUGGCUCAGGCAAAUUUCUCUGCCCUCAUUCAACUGGAGACAAAUGCUGGUAAAGGUUGUGACCGCCAGCACUAUGAAGCAUCUGGUUUGUACAAGCUGUGUGGUGCUAGUGGCAUCAUUGACAUUCUACCUAAACCUCAAAAGAACCAAGACUGGACAAAACAUCUGCCAACUGAGGAAGAUGAUAACACCUUUGUAUUUGAUGGCAAGACUGUGGCUGACAUACCUGAUAAAGUGAUCCCUGAAGACUUAGGUGAACAGUUCACAAUGAGUACCUGGAUAAAAACCACAGCACAAAAAGGAAAGCAAAUUAUUGUUGCUAAAACAGACAAGAAAACACACAACAGAAUGCACUUUGCAAUCCUCAAGAACAGGAACCGUCUAGUCGUAGUUCAUCGUUUGGAGGCUAACCGUGGCAGCAGAGAUGACUACUGCAAGUCUGAUUUCCACUACAAACCAAAGAUCUUUGACAUGAAGUGGCAUCAUUUGACUGUGGUUGUCGAUGGCUGUCAUGUUAAGUUGUUUGUGGAUGGACAAGCUGAACCAUCUUUUGUCACAGAUUCCAACUAUCGUAUGCACAACUCACAUAUUCCAACACGGCUGGUAGUAGGGGCACAUUGGCUUGGCAAAGAGAAUUCAUACACCCAGUUCUUCAAUGGAUCUCUGUCUGGUUUGAGUAUUAGACCCAAAAAGACAACAUCUGAGCAAACUAUUCGCUGCAUGUUUGGUUGUCGUGAACACAUCAAUAUCAAUACUCCCUUACCUAAAGGAUUCAAGUCUGAGUUGGUUGGUGCAAACACCAUGAAAGUUUAUGGCAGAGGAAAACCACAAGAGUUUGAAACCAUCCUGCAAAAUAUUGAGUAUCAGAAUGAGCUGUUUACACCAACACUGGGAGUGCGCAAGGUUAAGAUUCUACCAAUGCAAGAAAACAAGGCCUUGCAGCCAAUCACAGUCACUAUUCGCAUUGAGAGGAACGAUAAACCUGUCAUCACUGUGAAGGGCUGUGCUGAUAAUGCUGUAGAGUUGAAGCACCUCAAGGAGAUUGGGGUUCCUGUGUGUAGUACCUUGACUAUUGAUUACAAGGGCUGCCAACCUUCAGAUUCUCCUGUCAAUAAUGUAAAACUCUUGGAUCAGGCAGUAGUCAAAGUCACUCCUCCAUUCACUAAGAGUGAGUCAUUCAACUUCCCUAAGCAGCCCAAUGGAGGAUCGACCAUUGAUGAUCUGGAGCUUAAGGCUUUCAUGAAUGAAGAUGGCAUCAUCAUUAGAGGCAUUGCAAACUACAAGACAUAUGAAGAAGUGCUCAGAGAGAUGUUUUAUGUCAACCCAAAUGCAUCCGAGUACCUGCAUCAUACAUUCACAAUCUCUGUGUCGGAUCAGAAUGGUAGAUUCAAGAGUGAUAAAGAGAGACUGGAAUUGUCCAUUCUCCAUAGGGCAAGGGAAUUGCGACCAUUUAACCUUGAAGCAAUCAAAGAAACACUGAGUGCAGAAGAAUUACCAGGUGCAGUGUCUGUCAAAGAUAAGGCUGUAUCCAAGACAAGCUCCAUGUCUACUGGUAUCAUGGCUGUUAUCAUUAUCUGCAGCGCAUCAGUCUUUAUUGUUUUGGUGAUAUUUGGAGUCUAUCGACUUAGAAAGUCAGCAAAGACACUUCAAGUAGAUGCAACUGCAGCAGAGAAAGAAGAGAUGUACUGGGAUGACACAGGUCUGAGUGGAGUACGUAUAACUGUUAACCCACUGCAGAAGUUCCAGGAACUAGACCUGAAUGAAGAUAAGGAUUCUGAGCAUGGUCAAAGUGAUGAUGAAGAUCACCAAGAGGCUAAGCAGAGCUUGGAAUGGGAUGAGGGAGCCAUUUAAACCCUUGGGGUUUAGGGUUAGGGUCAGAUAUUUGUCUGUUUGCUCAAACUUUAUAAUUGAGUUUUUUUUUUCCCCCCCCCCCCCCCCCCCAAAGUAACUAUUCCUUUUUGUUUAUUGUUCUUUGUUUUAUGAUUUGGCAAGUUUAUGUUUAAUAGUAAGAAUGUUAAUGUUUAGUGUAUCUUGUUGCUUUUGUAAGGUGGAGUUUUCUUGAUGUUAGUUUUUGUUUACUAGUCAUAUUUUUAGUUGUCAAGUUUCUUCUAAAGUUUGAGUAGAGCAGGGAAGUUGAGCUAAGAACAGGAGAUAUUUUAUGCAUACACUAUACCAUACACUUAAUUAACUAAGCUUAGCAAACUAGAACAUUUUGUAUUUGUUCCAGGAUGACAAAGUGUGUUCUAUACUGUGAUUUAUUAGCGGGGAGGGUUGUAUCAUCUUGAGUUAAUGCAGCCUGAAUCUUAGCUGAAUGUUUCCUUGGUCACAGUAUGCACCAAGUGACAAGCAUACUGCUUAUCAACAGCUUAAUAUACUGUUUGAGUUGAUCACAUUAGCUGGGAGAGAGAUGAUACCCACUGUUUGUAGAUCUUACAGUACUGCUACUGCCAUGAUCAUCAUUAGGUUAAGGCAUUCUUUGUGUCACUGGUUAUGUAUAAUAUUUAUGAGUACAUAGUUGUUUUGUAGAUUAUUAUUCUAGUAUUGUUAUUUUAUAUUUAAAUUUUUUUAUUAAGAGUUACAUUACUUUAAUCAUUUUUUAUUUCUAUAUCAUAUAUCAUUGAUCAUUUCUAAUUACUAUUGAUAAUGCAUACUAACUAAUCACAUUCAGAAAUACAGUUUUUAAGGUUGAUGGGUGAUGUUUACAUGCCACUAUAAGCAUGCCACUUCCAUUAGUGUUUUUGUCACAACGUUGCAGGUUUGCUCAUAAUCAGAUUGAAAAACGAACUUCAAAACUAGCUUGUCUCUGAACUGACAGGCACUUGAUUACUGCCUUGUUAACUUAAACACAACAAUUUAAUUUGGUAAAGUCAAAUUGAUGUCUAAAUGUUAGAACACUCAAAUAUGAACCUAUGACAACUACAGUCCACAAGACAAAUUAUCCAUGUAGGAUUCACAUCAUCUACUGUGAAUCAAGUACCGUGUAGUUUGACCCAUUCUGUUAAUCAUGCACAUAUUUAACCAUCAUGAUGAAAUAAGACUGUUUUUAGACAAUUGUAGGUUUUAAUACCUUUAAUUAAGAUAAGCAACAAUGACAGUUGUAUUGCUACAUUGUGCACUUGAUGUUAUUAACUAUACCUUAAAAUGAUAACUGAACCAUUAAUUGCUGGAGGUUUUGCAUGGCCAUGUGACAACCGCCAUGUUAGAUGAGCUGAGAGUAAAGUAAUUUUAUUUUACUUCCAUAUAAUAUGGAGGCCAGCACAUGACCAGCCAAUACCUUAUUGUAUUGUGGGAUGUAUCUAGCAAGCAUGAUUUGUGAUUAAAAAGACUGUAAGGUCAA